AUGGAUGCUCACCAGUUAAAUAGCAACACGUUCACCGUUGCACGACCAACCUCUCCUACCCAUCCCGGAUCGUAUAUCCCUGGUCUUAGAAGCUUAUUGGGCUCUCACCUGAGUGAUUGUCGAGCAGUAGAGCUGGACAGAUUGAGUCCCAAUGUCAUCGAGUGUAGAUUGCAGGCGGGCGAACGGUGGAAGUUGGCGGAGAUGAUGGACGUCGAUCAAAAUCGUGUUGACCAACGUUUGUUUUCUUUCCACCACCAUCAACGACGUGCUCAAGGACUUGCACUAUCGACGCGUCGCAUCAGCUCAUCAACCGAGCAAGGCCAUGAACACUGGGGAUUCGGAGUCGACAACUGCAUCAGGCCUCCAAGAUACGGUUGA